AUGCUGGAUUUAGCAAAAGAUGUAUCUGAUUUACAGUCUGCAUCAAUUUAUGUUGGUCACUUGUGUAAAAAGCUAAGCCUCACAAAAGACGCUAAUUUAACAGAUAUUGUUAUGAAAGACGAGAGAUUAAUGAAGGCUUUUUCACAUUUUGCUUUGGACAACGAAAACAAACAAAAUGUUCCAGAUACUUAUAUCUUAAAUCUUUUGUUUAGUCUUUAUAAAUUACACCCUUUUCAUUGUCCACUGAUAACUGUUGCUGAAUUGUACAUUAUUUCACGAAUAGACAAACUUAGCGAAAAAGACCUAGUAAGACUUUUAGAAGUAUAUAGUCAGAAGAAAAUUUCUUUCAAUUUGACUGAAAGUUCCCUCCAGUUAUUCAGUAAGACAGUCAAUAGAGUUCAAGAAACUUGUAAGGAAUUCGAAGAUCCAAAUCAUCUCAUCAGUGCAACAUAUUACCUUUUAAAUUUAGAAAUGACAGAUGUAGCCAGGAACGUUAUAAUGCAGGCAAAUGAAUUGGUUUCUAAGUUUGAUGCUAAACAGUUGUGUAAUAUCUUAUUUUUGACCGCAAGCAAUAAAGAUAUAACAAUUACUAAAAUUCAACGCAAUAAGAUUGUGAGCCUUUUAAAGGAAUUUGACUUAAGUGAGUUAAGUGUGAAAAUCUUAAACAAACUUUUGUAUACUUGUGGUGUACUAAACAUCUAUGAUAGCGAUUUAUUAGAAACUGUAACCAGUGUAAUAAAACAGGCUUAUAGUCAGAGGAAUAUUGUUGUAUCAAAUACAGAUUUGAUGCGUACAAUAACAUCCCUGGGAAAAUUACGUUGGAAAGAUUCUGUACUUAUAGAAUUAACUUUGAACUUAUUUGAACCAUUUACUUUGAAUAACACUCAACCCAUCUUAUCAGCCUUAGCUUGCUUAGACUAUAACAUACCAGAUGACUUGAAGUAUUUAACAGAACAGUUGUAUGCCAAAGUUAGAUUUUUAUCUCCCUUGAAAAAGUUAGAUCUUGUUUGGACAUUGGUAAUAUUAGACAGAGCUAACAGAGAUCAUAUAGCUUCUAUCAUCAACCCAAAGUUUAUUGCCAGUGUUUGUACUGACUUAAGUAGCUUGGAGAAAGAUCCUAAAUUUUCAGAUGUAAUGAAAAUCCAAAAACUGCAAAAUUUAUCUUUGGCUGGAAGAUUGGAAUUUGAUUUACCUGCUGAAACAAUGCUAUUGAAUUCAUUUAUCUUUGACAUGAAGGGAACAUUUAUGUCUAAUUCAUUAAGUGAAAUGUUAUUGUUGGCUUUGAGUAAAAUAUGUCCCAGUGAUAGUAUAGAUAGUAAAACAGUAAUUGGAGGACAUUUUAUAGAUGCUUUUCUGUACUUGAAUUUUGAUAAUGCUAUUGAAAAAUUAGAAAAUAUAACACCAGAAAACCUUGAAAAACAUCAUAGGAUAUGUAUAAAGAUACAGGGUUUCAAUGAUACGUUAUUGAAUGAAGUUGGUCCUACUGGUCCAUUUAGACUGUCUAUAAAACAUCUAACAAGACUAGGAUUUAAAGUAAUUGUGGUUCCCUAUCAAUUAUUUUCAAGCAAGGACACAACAGGUAUUCAAACAUUCAUUAAACAUGAAAUUGAUAAAAUAGGUAUUGUUAAUUGUUAA